GUGAAGGGGCCCGGUACUGCACACUGGUAGAGACAGAAGAAGAAAACGUCGUCAUUGUUUUGGUCUGUCCCUUCUGUGCAUAGUGGAUGAUAGCACACAUUUAAUCUUUCGGAGCUUUUAUUCUCUAAAUGUUAAGAUCAGUCACCAUGACCGCCAAGCACGGGCUGAUAACCGAUUCAUUCAAGGUGGUGAAGAAAGCUAAGAGAGGGGCCAGAAAAGCGAAGAGACCCCCUUCACCUCCUCCGACACAGCAAGAGGCUGGAGCUGAAACGCCUCAGGAGAAGGAGCUGCGGACGCUCAGAAACUUUGACCUGGACUGGAGGUUUGGGCCCUGCAUAGGGAUCAGCCGGCUGCAGAGAUGGGAGCGAGCAAAGCUUCAUGGUCUGAACCCUCCUGAGGAGAUCAGAGAGCUGCUGCUGCUGCAAACACACACCGACCCCAAGUACAACCUGAGCUUAUGGAGGGACUAUCCUUUGUGAAGAAGACAUUGUAAGAACAAGAAAAGAAUUCAGAUUAAAACCAAAGCCAAGUUAAUAUAUAUCAGCACAAGUCACAAAAGUGUCUCAGAGCGAUUUACCUUCCAUCCUAAGCCCCUAGAAACGUACAUAAGGAAACAACAAUGGAAAGGGGAAAAUAUAGUAAGUGAGUAACCUGAGGAAGGGCAGCAGAGGAGAGGUCAAUCUCCCAGCAUGGACACAGAAGAUGACACAGCAUCCAGUUUUUUGGCUUUUUCUUGCAUUUGUUCUUUGUAGUUUUCUACACACUACAUGUAUACUAACAUUUUUUAUUAAAAAAACAACUCUUCCAAACUA